CUUCAUCUAGGUCACAACUAAUAACACACAAACAAUUACAAUUUUUCAUGUCUUUAUUGAACACACAGUGUAAACAUUCACAGUACAGGGUGGGAAAAGUAUGUGAACCCUUGGAUUUCAUAACUGGUUGACCCUCCUUUGGCAGCAAUAACCUCAACAAAACGUUUUCUGUAGUUGCAGAUCAGACCUGUACAGCGGUCAGGAGGAAUUGUGGACCAUUCCCCUUUACACAACUGUUUCAGUUCCACAAUAUUCUUGGGAUGUCUGGUGUGAUCCGCUCUCUUGAGGUCGUGCCACAGCAUCUCAAUCGGGUUGAGGUCAGGACUGACUGGGCCACUCCAGAGGGUCAGGACUCUGACUGGGCCACUCCAGAAGGUCAGGACUCUGACUGGGCCACUCCAGAAGGUCAGGACUCUGACUGGGCCACUCCAGAAGGUCAGGACUCUGACUGGGCCACUCCAGAAGGUCAGGACUCUGACUGGGCCACUCCAGAAGGUCAGGACUCUGACUGGGCCACUCCAGAAGGUCAGGACUCUGACUGGGCCACUCCAGAAGGUCAGGACUCUGACUGGGCCACUCCAGAAGGUCAGGACUCUGACUGGGCCACUCCAGAAGGUCAGGACUCUGACUGGGCCACUCCAGAAGGUCAGGACUCUGACUGGGCCACUCCAGAAGGCGUAUUUUCUUCUGUUCAAGCCAUUCUGUAGUUGAUGUACUUCUGU